GACGAGAGAGCUCUGUGGUUCAUGAGCGCCGCAGCUGGACUGGGGGUGGAGAGCGAGAGCUGGUCUCAGCCCCUCACCCUUUCUUGUCUCCCAGGGUCACCUUCUCUCUCAGGUCAGCAGAGGGGGAGGCCCAAAGGUGGAAGAAAAACUGCAGUCUGAAAGCUUCCAGAGACCUCCUGACAGGCCUGGAGGGGAUUCUGGACUUGCUUUCACAACUGCAGCGCAUCCUGGGGCUGCAUCCUGAGAAAGGCGACUUUGGUCAGCUCUCUGGUCCAGAUCCCCCAGGUGAGGAGUGCAAAAGAGCACCUGAUGGAGCCUCCCAGUCCCCUCAGGAGCAGAUGGAAGAUGCCGCUCCCGUGCUUUCCCCAUUAGCUUCCCCGGAUCCUCAAACCCAGCAUCCUUUGCCUCUGGUCUCCACCCCAUCACCAGGCCCAAUGGCCACUGCAGUCUCCCUUCUGAGUGCCUCCCAACCACCAGAGCCUUCCCUUCCCCUGGAACACCCCUCACCCGAGCCACUUGCACUUUUCCCUAACCCACCACACACCCCUGAUCCUCUGGCCUGCUCUCCAUCUCCUCUGAAAGGCUUCAUUGCUCCUCCCCUUCGGGACUCCACUCUGAUGACUCCAUCUCACUGUAACUCAGUGGUGCUUCCACUGUGCACCAUCCAUCAAAGCUCAUCUCCGUGUGAGAAUUCGGCAACUUCUGGCCCAGCCAUCUCAAGCCUUGGCGGCUCAAGCAGUCAUGCCUCUGUGCCUGCAUUCUGGUGUCAGGAAACUACCAGAACCAGGCACAUCUCCAACCCAUCGGUCCAGCAAGAUCCUCUUUCCAGCCACCCACCAGAAACAUUGUCCUCAGGAGACCCCACAACAGUCAGAUGGAAGCUGGAAGCCCCUUUUUGCUCAGCUCUGAUAGCCAGAAUGUUGUGGGAAUACAAGUCACAGAAAGAGCCAGGAUCAACAUUCCGGAGGAAAAAGAAAAAGAUGGAUCAUUUCCAAAACAAACGAACACAGAAAAGCACUUGAAUUCUUUGGGGAAUUUGGUGAAAUCAUUGAAUGCUGAGCAGGACACCACAACCCUAAAACCCAUCUGGGACAUGGAAGACUUGAAACAAUCAUCCAGUCCUCAGAAGCUCUCAGAUCCUGGAAUCCUGAAGGAACAUUUUCAGAAGAAUUAUAGUCAGCUUUUCUGGGGCCUCCCCCUCUCAGCACAGCGAAUCCUUGGAGGCUAGUGCCUGGGUGUCUGAGAGAUCUUAUACUUUGCAGUUUCCACCUUUCUUGUUCAAUGGCAUUCCCAAUGUCUGCCCAGUUCAAACAGAGACUGCAAUGUCUCCACUGCUUUACCAGGCCCAGCACCUGUCCCAUCUGAGGCCUGAGUCCCAACGCUUUAUUUCACCCACAUCCCAAUUCCAGCUCUCACACAUGGCUCAGAUGGAGGUUCAAGCCCGUCUUCAAUCCUCUUUCCCAGUCCAAUCUCCUGCUUUUGCAUUCCAGAUUAAUAAUUCUGGAGUAGCUUGCCCUGCAUUACAGCAUAAGACGCAAGCUCUCACCUGUAGUGUUCGUGCCAAGGGCUCAGGACAGCUAGUUGACUCGCCUCAGUUUGGCUGCUGGACCUGGCUGCAUUUCCCCACCUCGAGGGCUGUCGAGUGAGACAAAGGGCCGCGAGCUGAGUCACUGAAGCAACAACAGAAUGCAAGGCAAAAUGAGGACAUUGUGGUGUCUGCUUCCAUGUCCCCAUCAGUCUCUGUGUAAGCAAUAAACUUGCUGCAAUUGAGAUCCCUAAGAGGAGCAGAGACCUCUGCCCAUAUUUUCCCUGGAGCUAAGCCUUUGUUUUAGCUCCUGAUGAAAAACAGGUUUAAGGGUGCCAUUGUAUCUUUGAAAUAUAAACUACUAUCACAAGCCCCCUUAAACUGCUUUCUGAGCAGAUAUCACAAGCCCCUGAUAACUAUUUUUUAUGGAGUUUCUAUUUCCUUUCUGUUUACCCCUUUCUUUCUACUGAGAUAAAGUAAAUGUAAACAAGAAAUGAGGUAUAAAAGCUGUAACCCACAAAAAUAAAUUUGCUGCGUUUUGACAAUAAUUUUCACUCAGCCUUCCAGACUCCACUUUCCUGUAUUCUUUCACUUCCGUGCACUCUCUCUCUCAGGUUGAACGAGACAUCUACGUUGGUGGUCUUGGGGACACCUUGCCGUGAGCAUCGUGCCUCUAACAUAAAUCAGCACAAACAGGAGUUCCAAGCCCCAGUCUGUGGGCUUCCCUGCAACCGCAGGCACCUCUUCCACCCGGAACACAGCAGAAUGCUGGGCUAUGCAGCCAGCAGUCAACAAGCCACUCUCAAGAGCCAGAGUUACCCCAACAGAAAGAAGCAUAUCCGAGAUCAACAGUCCUUGAAAAGUGUCCGGCGCCACAAUGACCAACGGGGCCAGGACAGCCCCAACUCUUGCUCCCCAAUUAGGCUGUCUCACAGAAGGUCAAGUAGUCUUCUGUAAAGACACAGAACUUUUAAUAUUCUAAAAUAAAUAAAUAUCUCCUUU